ACAAAAAGGAUGCACAUGUGGCUUUGAUUUGGCCCCUCGCAAGAAAAUGGAAGCCCAAAAUGAACCUUAUAAAUUACUAUUAAAUAAAAAAAUCGCAAGGUUUUUUCCUCAUCCCUUGAUUUCCAAAAUCUCUGAGCUAAGGGAUAAUUCUCUUAUUCUCUUGCCAUUAAAGAAAUGAGUACUACUAGUUUAAGGGGUAAGCUAGUCUCCCAGAUCGAGAUUAAGUCAAGUGCGGACGUGUUUCAUGAGUUGUUUCGACACAAAACUCAUCAACUGUCCAAAACAAGCCCUCAUAGUAUUCAUAAUUGCGAUUUGCAUGAUGGUGAUUGGGGCACUGUUGGAUCAAUCAUCUCUUUCGAUUAUACUCACGAUGGAAAGAAAUGUGUUUCAAAAGAUAGAGUUGAGGCCAUUGAUGAGGAAAAGAAGCUUGUGAAAUUCAAGGUAAUUGAAGGAGAUCCACUGGAAUUGUACAAGAAUAUCAGUAUAACAGUUCAUGUUGAUACCCAUGGUGAAAGUAAUUUGGUGGCGUGGACCAUUGAGUAUGAGAAGCUUCAUGAGGGCAUCCCUGAUCCCAACACUUUGAUGGACCUUUGCCUCCAACUCACCAAGGAUGUCGAGUCUCACCAUCUUAGCAGUCCAUAUGUUGAUACUGUUGAUCAGAGCAAUUUGGUCACAUGGACACUUGAAUAUGAGAAGACAGAUGAGAGGGUCCCUGAUCCCCAAUACCUUCAUGGAACUCUAGCUUCAGAUUACUAA